GUGACUAUUUAUGGAUUAAUGUCAUUGUUCCUUGGUGCCCCAGCAGUUCCGAUACUGAUGGAUUUAUGGAUUCCAUUGAAUGAAUCUCGUUCACGAAUAUUUCUGUAUCAGACUGAAUACUGGAUUGAUCAGGAUGAAUACUACUUUUCCAUUCUUUUUCAUGCAUAUUUCACGGUACCUGUUUUAUUCGCCUGCAUUAUUUUUUUCGAUAAUUUAUUUUCGAUAUUCAUCAGUCACGUCUGUGGCAUGUGCGCCAUUCUGAAGGCGCAUUUAGAGGGCAUUCAUAUCGAGGGGGCAUCUGAUAAUCGAGGGUCUGUACACGAGAGAUUGCAUUUGUGCGCUGAUAUGCAAACGAAUAUUCUUGAGUUUGUUCAGUACUUGGAGACAACCUGUACAGUUCCUUUUCUGAUACUUGUUGGUGGAAAUAUAAUGGUGAUAACAUUGACAGGAAUGAUGAUCGUGAUAAAAGAUGGUGAAAUAAGUGAAAUGAUCAGAUUUGCAUCGUUCAACAUCGGUACAAUUUUCCACUUAUUCUGGAGCAGCUGGCAAGGCCACACUCUCAUAGUCGAGAGUGAGAGUAUAUUUUUGUCAGUUUACCAGAGUGAAUGGUACACCCUGACCCCAAAAGCCCAACGAAUGCUUCUCCCCAUAAUGAUGCGAAGUGCAAAUCCCUGUCAAAUAACAGCCGGCAAGUGCUACGUAAUGUCCAUGGAGAGUUUUGGUGCUACUGCUGGAAUGGUUGCCGCUAUAGUCGACGUCGACGUUUUUCUCGAGGCGAUACCCACGGUCUUGGCUGAUGUUGUCUGCUACUUCAAGUAUUUGAACUUCACCAUAAACGCCGGAAAAAUGAAGAAGCUUCUGCUGAUAAUGGAAGAAGACUGGAAGCGCUACACAUACGGUGAAGAGCUGGACAUUCUGAAAGAAUACGCGCAAUUUGGUCGAAAGGUCACGGUUUACUACGCGGGUGCAUUGUAUGGGUCAUUGGUACCUUUGAUGAUGACACCUCUAGUUCCCAUAGUCCUGGACAUCGUGAUGCCGAUGAAUGUGAGUUAUCCGAAGCACCUGAUGUUCCAGCAGAUCGAAUUUCUGUUCGAUUUUGAGCCGUACCUUUUUCCACUGAUCCUCCAUGGGUACAUCGGCACCGCUGGCUACCUGACCAUCAUCAUCGCCAUCGACACUAUGCUGAUGGUCUACAUUCAGCACGCCUGUGCCCAGUUCUCAAUCAUACGAUUAAUGCUGGACCGAUUGGCUAGAGUCGACCCUGACGCCGAUCGUCACACCCCCGAGUUUGAUGAGAUUGAUUAUAAAAAUAUGGCAGCGUGCAUCGAAAGAUUUUGCGAUCUGAUAGAAGAGGCGAAUUACAUGUCCUUCACCUUCAUCGUCGGGAUCAACAUGCUGAUGAUGACGUCUUCAGCUCUAGUGGCGGUUUUCAAAAUGGAUAAUCCUGACGUUGCUGGAAAAUUCGUGGCCUUCACCAUAGGCGAGAUGUUCCACUUGUUCUACAGUAAUUGGCAGGGGCAAUUACUCCAGGAGCACAGCGAAUCGAUUUUCUCUGAUGUGUACAGGGCGAGAUGGAAUUACACGUCCGUUCGCACCCAGAGACUCAUCAUUCCUCUCCUCAUGAGGAGCACAAAACCUUGCACAAUGACAGCUGGAAAAAUGUAUACCAUGUCACUGCGAAGCUUCAAGAGUUCUGAUUUUUAUCUGAGAGUCAAUGGUGCAUUUCUCUCCGCGAUUGGCCUCUGGCCAUAUCAGCAGAAAUUACAGCAAUCAGUAUUCUUCAUUCUGGCUAUAUUUUUCCUCGCCACUCAGGGAUUUUUACAGACCGGUGGAUUAAUUGCCGCAUGGUGUGAUACCCCUAUUUUUCUGGAAUCACUUGCGCCAGUUUUGAUUUCUGUCAUGUGCGUCAUUAAAUUCAUCAACUUCAUUCACAACGGCCGCAAGAUGAAGGAACUGAUAGAUAUGUUGAGGAGAGACUGGUUGGAAUUGAAAGAUGAAUUUGAGAUAUCAAUUCUAAGGAGAUGGUCGGAGGACAGUCGAAAGAAUGUGCUGCUCUACGCGGGAGCUGUUUAUGGGUCUAUGGCACCUUUCAUGCUGGGACCACUGAUACCUCCACUACUUCGAUUAAUUCCAAAAGGCUUAAUCGAUAUAAAUCCUAACAUGACCAUGGCCAAACCCCUGAUGUUUCACGUUGAGUACUUCAUCGAUAUCAAUAAAUAUUACUUGCCACUUGUGAUUCAUUCGUAUUUCGGUACGAUGACUUACAUCACAGUUGUCGUUGCCAUCGACUCGAUGUUCAUGACUUACGUUCAAAGGGCGUGCGCUAUAUUCAAUAUUGUUGGGUAUCGCCUGGAGAAAUUGGUUGACGAUUACAAUCUGGACGUCAAUUUAAAUCCAAAAAUCGAGGACGACGUGUCGUACAGACGAAUGACAGAAUGUGUCACGAGACAUGCACAAGCUAUUCAGUACUCACAAAUGAUCGAAUCCGCGAAUUCUACGUCCUUCUUACUCCAACUGGGCCUCAACAUGGUCACAAUAAGUUUCACUGGAUUUCAAGCAGCGACGAAAUUGAGUCGACCUGAGGAGGCCUUCGGGUACGCAUCAUUCACCUGCGCCCAGACAUUCCAUUUGUUCUUCGAGAGCUGGCCAGCUCAACGUUUGGUUGACGAGAGCACUCGUUUGGUUGAAUAUUCGAUCAAAACUUCGUGGUAUAAAAUUUCAUUCAGAUCUCGAAAACUUUUUCACCUGUUGAUCAUGAAGAGCAUGGAGCCGUGUCAAUUGACAGCCGGAGGUGUCUAUAUUCUUAAUAUGGAGAAUUUCAGUGCAGUGGUGAAGACGUCCAUGUCGUACUUCACAGUCCUCUGCUCGACGACGUGAAU